AUGGCAACGCGAGCAGUGCGCGGGUAUCGCACCAUCUCCCGGGAUGCUGCGUGCCUGCUCGCCGGAAGCGUCCCAUGGGACCUAGACACAAGAGCCCUCGCCGAUGUAGAGUGGGUGGACCGAAAGAAAGGCGCCCUCUCGUUCCGCCUCACACAGGUGCUGACCGGGCACGGCUGUUUCGGUCGGUACCUGUGCGAGAUCGUCGGAAGGGAGGAGACGACGCGGUGCCACCACUGCGACGACGAAAGGGACACGGCCGCGCACACCUUAACGGCCUGUCCCUCUUGGACACGACAACGUGCGGCAUUAACGACCGCCAUCGGACCGGACUUAUCACUGCCAGCAUUAGUAAGUGUCAUGCUGACCAGUGAGCAAAAAAGUGACGUGGAGAAGUUCACCGAAGAGAUAAUCUCCAACAAAGAGCAGGCAGAGCGCGAUAGAGGGAGGCGGGCGCUGGACCCUCUUCGACCAAGGCGACGUGUUAUCCGGAAUGAUAACUUGCCGCCCUAA